AUGGGGAACAAGGGAGAAUUGCAACCCCUUGCCACCAACCUCUAUCUAGCUUCACCCUGUGCCUGCAGGCCGCUGAAUCCACAGCUGCUUGCAAAAGCUCAAGAUGGCAGUGCCGUGCCACACUGGCCCGCAGUCCACCCGCUUUCCUUCUCUCUGGCUGCUGCUAUUCAGCGCCUUCCAGUCAAUACUCAGUCCCCCUUUCUGUCCUAUCCUCUGAUGCUCAGGAACCCAGGAUCACCAUCUGCAUCUAUUUCACUCAGUUACUCAGGUUCUUGUGAUAAAGUGCUGGAAGAAGAGAACCAAUGCAUGACUUCUAUGGUUUCCAGUCAUAUGAAUCCAGGGACAAAACCAAUACCUAUUGGAUCCUUCAGCCCCCAUGUAACAGAGUUUCCAAGGAAACGCAAAGGAAGUGAUUCAGACCCAUCUCAGUCAGGAAUUAUGGCAGACAAACUAGUAGAAAAACUUUCUCAAAAUCCCAUUACCUAUCUUCUUUCAACAAGGAUAGGAAUUUCAGCAUCCACUGGCAACAGAAUGGAAGAUGGUGAUCAACAAGUAAAACUGAAGUCUUUCAGAGAAGUCCAUAGCCAAACUGAAAAGCGGAGGAGAGAUAAAAUGAAUAACCUGAUAGAAGAACUGUCUGCGAUGAUCCCUCAGUGCAAUCCCAUGGCACGCAAACUCGACAAGCUUACAGUUUUAAGAAUGGCUGUUCAACACUUGAAAUCUCUAAAAGGCAUGACAAAUUCAUAUGUAGGAGAUAAUUACAGGCCUUCAUUUAUUCAGGAUAAUGAGCUCAGGCACUUAAUCCUUAAGAUUGCAGAAGGCUUCCUAUUUGUGGUUGGAUGUGAUAGAGGAAAAAUUCUCUUUGUUUCUAAAUCAGUCUCCAAGACACUUAAUUAUGAUCAGGCUAAUUUGAUUGGGAAAAGCUUCUUUGAUUUCUUACACCCCAAAGAUGUUGCCAAAGUAAAGGAACAGCUUUCUCCUUCUGAUAUUUCACCAAGAGAGACAUUAGAAGAUGCCAAAAGUGGUUUGCAAAUUCACAAUGAUUUCCACACUGGAAGGACUCACGUACACUCUGGAUCAAGACGAUCCUUUUUCUGUCGGAUAAAGAGUUGUAAAGUCUUUGCCAAAGAAGAGCAUGCGUGCCUACCCAAUGCAAGGAAGAAAGAUCAUAGGAAAUUCUAUACUAUCCACUGCACUGGGUACUUGAGAAGCUGGCCUCCAAAUAUUGUUGGAAUGGAAGAAGGAAAGGACAGUAAGAAAGACGGCAGUAAUUUGACUUGCCUUGUUGCUAUUGGAAGAUUACAUUCAUAUAUUGUCCCAGAGAACAGUGGAGAGAUUAAAGUCAAACCAGCUGAAUUUGUAACACGGUUUGCAGUGAAUGGAAAAUUUGUCUUUGUAGAUCAAAGAGCAACAGCAAUUUUGGGAUAUCUGCCUCAGGAACUUUUGGGAACUUCUUGUUAUGAAUAUUUUCAUCAAGAUGACUGUAGCAAUUUGACUGAGAAGCACAAAGCAGUUUUACAGAGUAAAGAGAAAAUAUUUACAGAUUCCUACAAAUUCAGAGCAAAAGAUGGCUCAUUUGUAACCUUAAAAAGCCAGUGGUUUAGUUUCACAAAUCCUUGGACCAAAGAACUGGAAUAUAUUGUAUCUGUCAACACUCUAAUUUUAAGGCACCGUGAGAGUGGACAAGCAUCAAUGCUUCCUUGCACUUCUCAAUCAUCAGAAGAAUCCUCUAGACAAUCUUGUAGCAGUGUACCUGGAAUAUCUUCUGGAACAGUACUUGGUGCUGCUAGUAUUGGAACAGAUAUUGUAAAUGAAGUUCUGGAUUUUAAAAGGUUACAGUCUUCUUCAUCCUUUGGUGACUCAAGUCCAAUAGAUCUAAUAAAAGAUGCUACCAUGGUAAACUACAAGAAUGUUUCAAAUAAGGAAUUGACUCCACUAAGUCCUUCUGAAGUAGGGGAGCUAGAAGCUACAAGGCAAAACCAGAACACUGUUGCUCUCCACAGUAAUGAACUACUCCUCAAUGAUGGUGCCCAGUUGGACUUUGGUGCCCUGUGUGACAACGAUGACACAGCCAUGGCUGCAUUCAUGAAUUACUUUGAAGCAGAAGGCGGUCUGGGAGACCCUGCGGACUUCAGUGACAUCCAAUGGACACUUUAG